AUGGCCAUCUUCCAAAGUGCGCUCGCACCUUUCACCGCAAAAGGCUUCUAUCUCCUUACAUGGGGUACUGCCUUGGGUACAAACGUCUGGAAUACUCUUUCUGGAUACAGAACAUACAAAACAUUACCUAGACAGACAUUCGGAACUUUACAAUCCAGAUUACAACCAUUAUAUUUCACUUUUACUUCAAUCGCCACAUCCACUUUAUUACUCACCCAUCUAUGGUUCCAUCCAGGAUUAAUCAGUUCUCCUAGAGUCGAACCUCAUUGGACCACAUCUGAAGCUGGACAACAAGGUUUACUCAUUUUAGCUUCUCUGGUUCCUCAAUUAUUGAAUUUGAUCGUCAUUACUCCUUUGGCAAAUGAUGCAAUGUUCGAAAGACACAGACAAGAGAGAGUUGAAGGUAAAGAAUACGACGAGGCUGAUGUCUCUGAGACUCUCCAAAAGCUCAACAAGAAGUUCUCCCUUUACCACGGUAUCUGUUCCGCCCUCAACACAAUCUCAUUCUUGGGUUUGGCCGGUUUAGGUCUAGCCGUCAGCUUGUAA